AUGAGGUUGAGCGUAGUACGGUCAUUUGUCUCGAUUGUUGCUAUCCUUUCGUGCAUGUGCAUGCCUCUGUUGCACAAAGCUUCUCAAAUAGUAGCCACCACCGUACUAGGUGCAAACGAGACUGAUCACCUAGCCUUGCUUUCCAUCAAGGCUCAAAUAACUCAUGAUCCAAUGCUAGUCACAAGCUCAUGGAAUGAUUCUCUCCAUUUCUGCCAGUGGGAAGGUGUUUUAUGUGGCCAUCGCCAUCGGAGGGUCAUUGCCUUGAGUUUAGAGUCCCGUAAUUUAGUAGGUUCUAUAUCUCCUUCCAUUGGAAACCUUAGUUUCCUUAGAACUGCUAAUCUCUCAAACAACAGCUUUCAAGGUGAAAUUCCUCAUGAAAUGGGUCGGUUAUUCAGGCUGCAAGUUCUGGUAUUGACCAAUAACUUGUUGGAAGGACGAAUUCCGGCGAACCUUUCAAACUGCAAUGACUUGAGGAGUCUUCAUUUAGGCAACAACAAGUUUAUAGGAAACCUUCCUAAAGAGCUUGGUUCCUUAUCCCAAUUGGUGCUACUUUAUAUUGAUUCCAACAAUUUGACAGGGGCAAUCCCAACUAUUUAUGCAAACCUUUCAUCUCUUGAACGUUUCUUGGCUCAUUUGAAUAUGUUAGAGGGAAGUAUUCCGGAAUCCCUAGGCGGCCUGAAAAGCUUAACAUAUCUUUCAUUCUUCUCAAAUAAACUAUCAGGUGUGAUUCCUUUAUCUAUCUAUAAUAUCUCGUCAUUGAUUGCUUUGGAGGCACCAAGUAAUUUACUUGAAGGAAGUCUUCCUCAAAAUUUAGGCCUCACUUUGCCAAAUGUUGAAGUGAUUAAUAUUUGGGGAAACCAAUUUGGUGGCUCGAUUCCACUUUCAAUAUCAAAUGCUUCAAACCUAAAAUACCUUGACCUAUCGCUUAACAAAUUUUCUCCUGGAGUGGCUAUUAAUUUUGGAAACCUAAAGAAUCUCUCUUGGUUGAGUUUAGAUAAGAGUGGUUUGGGAACUGGGCAUGCCAAUGACCUUAAUUUCUUAACUACUUUAGCCAAUUGUAGCAAAUUGAGAGUGUUGCAAUUACAGGAAAAUAAUUUUGGAGGUGUUUUACCGAAUUCUUUAGCUAACUUCUCGACAAAACUUGAGCAUUUAUCAGUGGCAGCAAACAAGAUAUCUGGAAACGUUCUAGCAGAUAUUGGAAAUCUUGUGAGCCUAAAUGCUCUAGCUAUGGACGAGAAUCAAUUGAUAGGAAGUAUUCCGACCUCUAUUGGUAAACUUGUUAAGCUUCAAGACUUGGGUUUUAGUGAAAACAAAUUGUCUGGGGAAAUCCCUUCCUCUAUUGGAAAUUUAACACUAUUGAACCGGCUUUGGUUAGAAGAAAAUUAUUUUCAGGGAAACAUACCUUCAAGUCUUGGAAAUUGCCAAGGUUUGAUACUGUUGCAUCUUUAUGGUAAUGGUUUGUUUGGUAGCAUACCCCGAGAAGUAAUUGGUCUCUCGUCUUUGGCAAUAUCUCUUGACUUGUCUCGAAACUGUCUAACUGGUCCUAUCCCUGUGGAAGUCGGUAACUUGAAAAAUCUUGUUGAACUAAAUCUUUCUCAUAACAAGUUAUCUGGUGGAAUUCCUAGCAGCCUUGGUAGUUGCACUUCUUUGGAACGUCUUUAUUUGGACAACAAUUCAUUUGGAGGAACCUUUCCACAAUCGUUGAGUUCUCUAAAGGCCAUUGAAGAAUUAAGUCUCUCACACAAUAACCUAUCGGGUGAAAUUCCCAAAUUUUUAGAAAGCUUUCCCUUUUUGAGGAAUUUAAACCUUUCUUUCAAUAAUCUUGAGGGAGAGGUACCAGUAGGGGGAGUGUUCCUGAAUGCAACUGCAAUUUCAGUGUCAGGAAAUAACAAGCUUUGUGGGGGUAUACCUGCAUUACAGUUUUCGGCUUGUGCUUCUAAAAAACCAAGAAAGUUAAUUAUUCCCAUAGUUUAUGGGGUUUUGGGUAUCAUUUUGGCAUCAUCUAUUCUAAUCCUUUGUUGGCUUAGAAAAACGAGAAAGCAGUCUUGUGUGCCAUCUUCUUUGAUAGAUUCUUCUUUGAAAAUAUCAUAUGGAAAUCUUCUCAAAGCGACAAAUGGGUUCUCUUUAACUAACUUGAUUGGUACAGGAAGCUUUGGUUUAGUAUACAAAGGAAUUCUCCAUCCAAAUGAAAUGGCUAUCGCGGUGAAGGUACUUGACCAACAAAACAGAGAAGCUUCAAAGAGUUUUGUGGCCGAAUGCAAAACUCUUAGAAACAUCAGGCAUCGAAACCUCGUCAAAAUUAUCAGUGUUUGUGCAAGUGUUGAUUUCCAAGGUAAUGACUUCAAAGCCCUAAUAUAUGAGUUCAUGGAAAAUGGGAGUCUUGAAAGUUGGUUGCAUCCAGUUCCACAAGCAGGUGGUGCUGGUGCCCAUGAGCAGCCGAAAAGUUUAAGCCUUUUUCAACGAUUAGGCAUAGCGAUUGAUGUGGCUUAUGCUUUGGAUUAUCUUCACAACCAUUGUCACAUCCCAGUCAUACAUUGUGAUAUAAAGCCAAGCAACAUUCUUCUUAAUAAUGACAUGACUGCCCAUAUCGGUGAUUUUGGUUUAGCAAGGUUCCUACAACAUUGCAACAAUGAAAUUUCUCAGAGCCAAACCAGCUCUGUUGGUAUCAAAGGAACUAUUGGAUAUAUAGCACCAGAAUAUGGCAUGGGGAGUCAAGUGUCCAUCGAUGGUGAUGUAUAUAGCUAUGGGAUCCUCUUGUUAGAAUUGUUCACGGGAAAAAGACCAACUGAUGACAUGUUUAAAGAUGGCUUGACCCUUCACAAAUUAGCCUCGACAGCUUUGUCAGAAAGAGUAAUGGAGAUUGUUGAUCGGAAACUUGUAUCAGUUGCAGACGGGGAGGAAGCAACCAACAUAAAUUCCAGAAAACAAAUAGGAAAAGGAAAAUUCCAUGAGUGCUUAAUUCUGAUACUCAGGAUUGGAGUCACAUGCUCCGAGGAAUCACCAAGAGAACGAAUGGCCAUUGUUGAGGCGAUUAAGGAACUACAUUUAGUUAAGGACAUGUUACUUGGGAGAAGGAUUUCAAGCAAUGUGCGAACUGCUCAAAAUGGAUAA